AUGACUCGCGUCCUUCUUACCGGCGGAAGCGGCUUUAUUGCUGCACAUGUUCUUGAUACCCUUCUCGAGCGUGGCCAUUCCGUGGUGACGACGGUUCGGUCUCAGGAAAAGGGACAGAGAAUCCUCAGUGCCCAUCCGCAUGUCGGAAAAGACCGACUGGAUUUCGUAGUCGUUGAAGACAUCGCGCAACCAAACGCCUUCGAGAAAGCUGUUAUUUCAGAGCCUCCUUUCGAGGCAGUGAUCCAUACUGCCAGCCCCUUUCACUUCAGAACAUCGAAUGCCAGAAAGGAACUUCUUGCCCCGGCAAUUAAUGGGACUUCGGGCAUUCUCCAUGCUAUCAAGAAGAGUGCUCCGUCUGUGAAGCGAGUUGUGGUCACGUCUUCAUUUGCCGCGAUAAUUGAUCCAUCGAAGCCAAGUGACUAUGUUUACUCUGAGGCGGAUUGGAACCCGAUCAAGGAAGACGAAGUUGACAAGAACCCGGUAUUUGGAUAUCGUGGUACAUGGGAGUUCGUUGAAAAGGAAAAACCAAACUUUACCCUUGCAACGUGCAAUCCACCCCUCGUCCUUGGCCCUUGUGUUCAUUACCUGGCCUCCUUGGACUCAAUCAACACAUCGAACGAGCGUAUUAGUGAUCUGAUCACUGGCAAAGGAAAGGACAGCUGCCCACCCACUGGGACUUCUCUCUGGGUGGAUGUCCGCGAUGUUGCCCUUGCUCAUGUUCUCGCUGCGGAGAAGCCGGAAGCAGCAAACAAGCGAUUCUUCCUUACGGCCGGCACAUAUAGCAACGUGGAUAUUGUCGGUAUAAUUUCCGAGAAGUUCCCCGAGCUGAAGGAUAAAAUGCCAUCUGGCGAGGCUCUUGUGCCAGGAGAUGUUGCCCCAGCGUUGCGCCUCAGAUUUGACAACUCUAGGUCAAAAGAGGUUCUAGGACUGACAUACCGGCCUUUGGUCGAAUCCGUUGUGGAUGCAGUGAAAAGUCUCCACGGGCACUUGCGGGGUGAUUAG